UCCCCCACUUUCUAUUCGACAGAUCACCCUGCUGUCACCAGUCCGUCUUUAUCAUUCGCACCUUACUCCCGUUGACAGCUUUUCCCAAAGGACCGGCUUCGCUUUUUUUUUGUCUUCUGGUGGAAUACUCGUCGCUUGGCACUGAUCCCCACCACGGCUGUUGUUCCAUGAUUUUAUUACACACGGGAGCCGGGGCGUUAUGUUUCUUUGACUGCUUUUAGUGUCUUCGUCUUUUGGUGCGCGGAAAGUCUUGCAUUUGGUGUGGGUAUUUUUCUUGUCCCGCACGGCUCAGCUCAGCAAAGCCCGCUGAGGGAUCGCGCUCGGAGGGCUGGAGUGGGCCACCCUACUAUCCUGCCACAUCUUCAAGGGUUAAAUUCACGAUUGUUGGUGAAACUUUACGCAGCUCGGAUCAAGCUUACCGCUGGAUCUCGACAUCACCAAACACACCUUUUGGAAAAGACAAACGACCACUGACUGAUUACUUCUAACAUAAGGGGCGACGGUUGGCUUCCUCUGGGUCUCAUGGAAACCAGGAUGACGGACAGGUCUCUGCUGACGUUGCUCCUGCUGCUGGUGGGCUGCUCAAUCGGCUCCCGCGCAGACGACAAGAACUUCAAGUUCUGUGGCAGCUGGCGCCACGGCAACAACACCCACACACUGAACUACGACCUCUCGCCCGGCUGUAAGAACAUCGCCGUGUCGGCCAAUGACAGUUCACUGUCGGUGGUCGGACAGAUCACCUCUCAGUGCACCAAGUCCGGGUCCAAGUCCUUGAAGAUUGACUCGGUAGCUCUGUGGACCGAAUUCUGUGUGCACUGGGAACCUCUGAAGGACCACCUCUGGCUGGAGCUUCCCGAGCAGAAGCCGCACAAGCAGAAAGUCACCCUAUGCGAGCCCUCGUGCACGCAGACCUGCUCGUGCCUAGAUCUGUCGCCUGAGGGAGCGAACCGGCCAGGCGGAGUGUACGGCAUCGCCAACGGCUCCGUCCGAGGAGACAGUCCCGUGGAUAAAGUGCUCACAGCCUACGUCUUCUUGGGAGAACCCAUCAACUGCACAGGAGAGGAGCCCUGUGACAACGCCAGCCAGAGAUCCAACCAAGUGAAGAUCACCAAGGGGAUCGAGAUGGGCUCUCAUGUGGUGGGUAAUGUGGACCUGCCGAAAACCAACGCCACCGUGGUGGAGAUGAAGGAGAACUUCCAGGGCUUUGACUUCAAGGCCCCCGCCCCCGACGGUGCGGACCCAGAGACGCUCCCCUCCAUCCACCUCCCCGCCUCUCUGAAACCAGCCUCCGGGAAGACAGCCAAGCUGGUGUGCACCUUCUUCAGAAACAAGACUCUGUUCCAGGAGCCGAAGAGGGAUGUGAAAAUACUGGAGGAUGUGGUGGGAAUUACCGUUGAGAAUGAAGUCAUCGCUAAUCUGAGCGAACGCAUCAGGAUUGGUUUCCACCACGAAGACUUAAAUAAAACCCAUUCACGAAAAUGUGUCUCGUGGGACACCAAGACAGAUCCACAGAAGGUCAACUGGAAGGAGGAUGGAUGUGUUACAGUACACAUGGGAGCCAAGAAAACAGAGUGCCAAUGCAACCAUCUGACAUACUUCACCAUAAUGGUGCGACUGGAGAGUCGAACUGUGCCCCACCUGCUGGCCCUGACAGUCAUUACAUCCUUGGGCAACGCCGUGUCCACCAUCAGCUGUGUUGCCCUCAUCAUCUUCCUCUGCAACAAACGGAGAGCGAAGGAGCAGUCUUCCCCGGUCCACCUGGGUUUAGCCGUGUCGCUCUUCCUCCUCAACCUGCUCUUCUUCUUCACGGGGACUCUGGCCAACGUGGGAGGGGAGGGGCUCUGCCGCUGGGUGGGGCCGGGGCUCCACUAUGCCCUGCUCAGCUCCUUCACCUGGAUGGCCAUAGAGGUGUUCUACACCUUCUGGAUGGUCUACAUGGUGUUUAGCCCCUCCCCCACGGCCUACUUCUGGUACCUGAUAGGCUUUGCUCUACCAGCUCUUCCAGUCCUCAUCCUUGUAGCCAUAGGAAACAUUUACGGUAUAAUGGAGGUGGUGCCCAGCGAUGAUCCCUCCAACCCCUACUUGAUGUGUUGGAUGAGGAACACCCCACAGGCCCUGCUGGCCCACUACCUGAUCAACAUCAGCAUGCUGGUGGGCCUGGUGUCCUCAGGCCUGCUCAUGCUCUUCCUGGUCUACUGGAAGAUCCGCACCCGGAACGAGUGGAGGCACAAGAAAGUGGCCUUCCUCAGCAUCUGGGGGCUCAGCUGUCUUUUCGGGACCACCUGGGGCCUGGGCUUCCUGGACUUUGGACCCCUCAGUACCUUCGUCCUCUUCCUGUCCUGCAUCCUCAACUCGUUUCAAGGGUUCUUCCUGAUGCUGCGCUUCUACGUGCUGGGCUGGGUGAAGAGGCGUGAAGAGGGAGACUCGACCCUGGGAAGUAGCAGCCUGACCGGCUCUGCCAGGCAGCAGAUGCUACAAGUCCAGGAGAACAGUAGCAAGAGAAGCCAGAGGCCUCACCACUUCACUGGAGACGAAAGGACAAAUAGGGGACAAGACCUGUGGUUCAACGACGCAUGGGCCUUUGUAUCGCCGUGCAUGUCAAUGUGGUUAGAGGUGGUAUAAAAA